UUUAUUCUCCCGUUUCCUUCCCGCCAUUCCUUUCCCCAGAUUUCGCCGACGUUCGCCGCCGCUUGCACCGUCUACCGUCGCCAUAGGCCGGCGUCUUUUAUUAUUCUUUUUCUUUUACCACCUUAGUCUCUUCGUCUUCUUCUUUUUUACUGGUUUAGUUUUUUUGUCUAAUAUUAAAUUAUUUUUUUCUUUUUUUAAUUGUUUGAAAAUCUAGAUCUUGCAGUCGUAAAACCACUUGUUAAAAUUGAUUUUUGGAAUCGGGUGUGAUUUAAUAACUGUUUUCUUCUCAAAUUUGGGUUUUUUUAAUGUUUUUAAAUUGUAUUUGUUGUUGAUUUUUUUAAAAACCCUUACAGCUCGUGUUCCUCAAUUAGUUCCGAGUUGCAAAUAAUUGAAUCCGUUAAGUAUGAAGAAGAAGAUUUUAUAAUUGAAUACUUAUAUUUUCUUGCUCGUAAAUUAAAAAAAAAAAACCAGAAAAAAACUUAAAGCCAAGCUUCCAAUCACAAUCCCACUUCCAUGGCUGCCGUUGAUAAGUACAACGUCGAGUCUGCUGAAAUUCUAGCCAACAGUGCCUUGCAUUUGCCAAUUACACAGGCGGCACCAAUUUAUGAGCAACUCUUGACCAUCUUUCCCACUGCUGCAAAAUAUUGGAGGCAAUAUGUGGAAGCACAGAUGGGAGUAAAUAACGACGAUGCUACCAAACAGAUCUUUAGUCGUUGUUUGUUGAAUUGUCUUCAUGUUCCUCUCUGGCGCUGCUAUAUUCGAUUCAUCAGGAAGGUCAAUGACAGGAAAGGUGUAGAGGGUCAGGAAGAGACUAGAAAGGCUUUUGAUUUUAUGCUUAGCUAUGUUGGAGCUGACAUAGCAUCUGGACCCAUAUGGAUGGAGUACAUUGCUUUUUUAAAAUCAAUGCCGGCUGUCAACACUCAGGAAGAGACACAGCGAAUGACUGCGGUGCGAAAAGCUUACCAGAAAGCUAUUGUUACUCCGACACAUCACAUUGAACAGCUAUGGAGGGAUUAUGAGAAUUUCGAAAAUUCUGUUAGCCGCCAGCUGGCCAAAGGACUUCUCUCUGAGUAUCAACCAAAAUAUAACAGUGCAAGGGCUGUAUACAGGGAACUGAAGAAAUAUGUCGAUGAAAUUGAUUGGAAUAUGCUUGCAGUACCACCUACCGACUCCUGCAAGGAUCAGAUGCAAUGGGUUGCAUGGAAGAGGCUUUUAGCUUUUGAGAAAGGAAAUCCACAAAGGAUAGACAGUGCCUCCAAUAAGCGAAUUAUAUUCUCGUAUGAACAGUGUCUGAUGUAUUUAUACCACUAUCCUGAUAUAUGGUAUGACUAUGCUACAUGGCAAGCUAAAAGUGGCUCCAUGGAUGCUGCAGUCAAGGUAUUUCAGCGAGCCUUGAAGGCUCUUCCUGAGUCAGAAAUGCUGAAGUAUGCAUAUGCAGAACUAGAGGAAUCCCGUGGAGCGCUUCAAUCUGCUAAGAAACUAUAUGAAAGCCUUUUGGGGGAUGCUGCUGAGACCACAGCGCUGGCACAUAUACAAUUUAUUCGCUUUCUAAGAAGGAAUGAAGGUGUUGAAGCAGCUCGCAAGUAUUUCUUAGAUGCUCGCAAAUCACCUAGUUGCACGUACCAUGUUUAUGUUGCUUAUGCAUUGAUGGCCUUUUGUCUUGACAAGGACCCAAAGGUUGCUCACAAUGUUUUUGAAGCAGGGUUGAAACAAUUUAUGCACGAGCCUGUAUAUAUUCUAGAAUAUGCAGAUUUUUUGUCUUGUUUGAAUGAUGACAGAAACAUCCGGGCAUUAUUUGAGCGAGCCUUAAGCUCACUACCACAAGAAGAAUCUAUUGAGAUCUGGAAACGAUUCACCCAGUUCGAGAAAACUUAUGGCGAUCUAGCUAGCAUGUUGAAGGUUGAACAAAGGCGGAAAGAAGCUCUUUCUGGAACAAUUGAAGAGGGUGCUUCUGCACUGGAGACUUCUCUACUAGAUCUUAUAUCACGCUACAGUUUCAAGGAUCUCUGGCCCUGUUCCUCCAAGGAUCUUGAUCACUUGUCCAGACAAGAGUGGCUCUCUAAAAACAUUGGUAAGAAGGUGGAUAAGUCAGCUCUCUCUAAUGGAUCUGCAAUGACAGAUAAGAGUACAUCAGCACCAUCAGGUGUUCCGACUGCUUCUCUUAAAGUCCUUCGUCCAGAUACAUCUCAGAUGGUGAUUUAUGAUCCAAGGCAGCAUCAUGGAACUACAGUUCCAUCAAACACCACUACUGCAAUUCUUGCUGCUCCCAAUUUGUCGAAUCCCAUGGCUACAGUUGUUGGUGCUGCUUCAAACCCAUUGUCCAAUCCCAUAGUCUCAAUGGUAGACGGUGUAUCCUCCAAGGCAUUUGAUGAAGUACUGAAAGCAACACCACCUGCUUUGUCAGCAUUUUUGGCUGGCUUGCCUUCUAUCGAGGGUCCGGCACCAAAUGUAGACAUCGUAUUGUCUAUUUGUUUGCAGAAUGACUAUCCAACUGUCCAGACAAAAAAAGCAACGAGCCUUCCAUCUCAAAGGACUGCAGGUCCUGCUCCUAGCACAAGUGAUCUUUCUGGGUCAAGCAAGUCCCAUCCCAUUCCCAGUAAUUCAUCUUUCAGGCCACGGGACAGACAGCUCGGCAAAAGAAAGGAUCAAGACAGGCAAGAAGAGGAGGAAAGUACAACAGUACAAAGCCAGCCACUACAAAGAGAUGCAUUCAGAAUAAGACAAAUGCAGAAAGCAAGAGGGGGUUCAGCUUCACAAACAGGAUCAGUUUCUUAUGGAAGUGCUCUUUCUGGGGAUCUCUCUGGCAGUACUUGUUAAACAUCUUUUUGUACUUGUAUCAUAUACACUUCGACAAUUCUAUGUAUAAAUGAUUUCUUUUAUAUAUUCAUAUUCAUAUUUGUGAGAGUAA